UCUCUCUUACUUUGAUGUUUAAUAUACUUUAAUUCUUGGCCACUUUAGAUUCAGAAACCUUCAAUCUUCAAUCUUCAAUCUUCAUGCUUUGGUCUCUGAUGAUGAUGGCUUUCCAUGUAAAACAAAAACCAAUCUUCUUAAUAAUAAUCCAACUCAUAAACUCAUUCUCCACGAUCACAAAUUCUCAAUCAACUCUUUGUAGAACUUCAUGUGGUUCAAUUCCCAUUCAAUAUCCAUUUGGCAUUGAUGAUGGUUGUGGAAGUCCAUAUUACCGUUACAUUCUCGCUUGUUCUGAUUCACAGAAACUCGAACUCAGAACCCCUUCUGGUAGAUACCUUGUUCAUAACAUUACCUAUUAUGAUCCACACAUUGUUGUCACUGAUCCAUUCAUGUGGAAUUGUCAAGAUGGUGAUAAUUACCGACCCACAAGACCAUUUAGUUUAGACACAAGCAAAAGAUUCAAACUUUCAGCUCAAAAUGAGUACUUGUUCUUCAAUUGUAGUGAAGACAAAGUUAUUGUUAAACCAAAGCCUAUUUUUUGUGAACAUUUUCCUGAAAGAUGUGAUUCAUCUUGUGACAGUGCUAGUUACCUAUGCAGACAUUUGCCAGUGUGUUCUUUUGCUAUGAGUGGUAGUUCUUGUUGUUCUUAUUAUCCAAAAGCUACUGAAUCAUUGAGGUUGAUGCUUCAGUAUUGUACAAGUUAUACUAGUGUUUAUUGGAGAAAUGUUGGAGCUCCUCAGCCUUAUGAUCAACUUCCUGAAUAUGGGAUUAGAAUUGAUUUUGAUGUUCCUGUUACUACAAGAUGUCUUCAAUGUCAGGAUCAAUCCAAAAGUGGUGGUGGUACUUGUGGAUUUGAUACACAGACUCAGAGUUUUCUGUGUUUAUGUAAGGAAGGAAAUUUCACUACACAUUGUAAAGAUUAUGAUAUUGCAAGGCACAAUAGGAAUGUCCAUGUAAUUGCAGGGACAGUGACUGGUAUUUCAGCUUUUGGAGCACUUGGAAUUGGAGCUGGUAUUUGGUACAUAAAGAAAGUGAGAGCUAAAGCACCAGUAACAUGUGGAGUUCAAAACAAUGAAAACAGGCUUUUCUAAAGACAACCAAAAUAAUGCAAACCAACUACAUACAUAUAUUUACCUUUUGUUACUUUUUUGUUUGCCCCCUUAAGAUAUUUUGUUUAUUUAUUUGUACAAUUAUGGGUCCUUUUCUUACUCAUAGACUUACUUCACAACUAUUCUGUUAAUUUCUUGUUGGCA